AUGGCACCUUCAUAUAAAUCCAGUGAAUAUAUUGAUGAUUCAGAUUCCGAAUUAUCUAUCGAAGAAAGAGAAUAUGAACCUCCAAAGAAUUUUCAAAAACUUACUCCUGAAUCAAAAGAGUUUUCAUCAAAUUUAAAAGGAAAAGAAGUUUGGUUGAUAAAAACCCCUAAAGGUUUCCCAUUGACAGAGUUGAAGAAAUUGCCAAUAUCAUUUAGUGGCAAAAAUACAGAAACUUUCAAAGUCAGCAACUUAUCAUACCAAGUCACUGAAGAUCUUGGGGCAUCUGUCGCCGACACCAAUAACAAACAUACCAUAUUUUCGCUGAAGAAAAGAAGUUUUAGACCUCUAGGAAACAAGAUCUCACGAUUCUAUAGUAUCCAUGAAGUUGUUGAUAUUCCUGAAAUCCAACUUGACAAAGUAGUGGUACCUAGACAAAAUGUUCCACAAAUAAAGAAACUAAGAAUGAGACAUUUCCCUACUGGUUAUGGGGCGGACGAUUAUCAAUUCGAUAAAGAAGAAGAUGAGGAGGAAACAUCAGAAAAUGAUGAUGUUGAAGCAGGCAAAGUUUUGAAGAAGGCAAAGGUAGAAGAGAAGGAGGUCAAACACAAGAAAGACAAAAAGGAAAAGAAAGACAAGAAAGAAAAGAAAGAAAAGAAGGAUAAAAAGGAUAAGAAGGAUAAAAAGAAGUCUAAGAAGGAAAAAGAAUAG